ACACACUACCGCAUAUAUUCAUUCAUUAUAUAUAUAAAAAAAAAUUUAAUCUUUUUUCAACCAUCUCCGUUCUAUACUUACAUUCAACAAAAACAAAAAGCCCACAUCAAGAUUAUUAUAAUUACAUCUUUAUCAAUCAAUAUUCUUACAUAUAAUUCAAGAAAAAUCGUAAUUUGAGGGCACUUUUUUUAGGAGGAUGAACAUGCCCUCAGUUCUUAUUGUUCCUCCUUUCAGAUCUUAAUAUAAAAAUAAAAUAAAAAUAAAAAUUUAAAUCGAGAUUUAUCAUCUGGGAGGACUAUCAAUUGUUUGAGAUCAGAUGUUUUCUUGAUUGAAUCAGAUUAUACAGUUUCUUAUAUAUAUAGGCUUAUUGAUAUUUGUGUAACAUAAAACUAAGAAAAUGCAAUCUGAUCUUGGCAAGUUAUUCAUUGGUGGGAUAUCGUGGGAUACGAAUGAAGAACGUUUACAUGAGUAUUUUAGUAUUUUUGGUGAGGUUUUGGAAGCUGUGAUCAUGAAAGAUCACACCACGGGCCGUGCUCGUGGUUUUGGUUUUAUUGUCUUUGCUGAUCCUGCUGUUGCUGAGAGAGUCAUUAAGGAGAAGCAUAAUAUCGAUGGCAGAAUGGUUGAGGCUAAGAAAGCUGUUCCCAGGGAUGAUCAGAGUACAAUUAGUAGAAACAGCAGUAGCAUUCAGGGGUCUCCUGGUCCAAUUAGAACAAGAAAGAUUUUUGUAGGAGGUUUAGCAUCAACUGUCACAGAGGGUGAUUUUAAAACGUACUUUGAACAAUUCGGUACGAUUACAGAUGUUGUUGUUAUGUAUGAUCAUAACACACAAAGGCCUAGAGGUUUUGGAUUCAUUACUUAUGAUUCAGAGGAUGCAGUAGACAAAGUACUUUUGAAAACGUUUCACGAACUAAAUGGUAAGAUGGUUGAAGUGAAACGUGCGGUCCCAAAAGAGCUUUCACCUAGUCCUAAUCGAACAAUGCUUGGUGCUUAUCCUUAUGGUCUGGGUCGAACUGCUAGUUUUCUUAAUGGCUACACUCAGGGGGCUUACUCUCCAGGUGCGGUUGGUGGUUAUGGUGUUAGCCCUGUUAGGAUGGCUGGUAGAAGUGGGUACGGUCCAUUUGGUUCUGGAUAUGGAAUGGGGUUAAACUUUGAGCCCAGUAUGACAAGCCCGAACUAUAAUAGGAGUCUGAGCUACGGUAGGGGAAUGAGUCCAAAUCCUUAUUAUGUUGGUGACUCAAAUCGGUUUGCAGGUCCUGUUGGUUUUGAUAUUGGGAAUGUAGGGAAUUUAGGGAAUGGUGGAAAUGGCGGGAGUGCUUCUUUUUUCAGUACGACUCCCCGGAAUUUGUGGGGUAAUGGUGGGUUAAACUAUGGAUCAAAUUCAAGUGGGUCAAAUGCUAUCGGAAGUGGGAUAUUUGGGAAUACUGGGCUCAAUUGGGGAUCUAACCCUAUUACAAAUCAAGCUGUUGGUACUUCUACUCAAAGUGGGAAUCUUGGUUAUGGAGGCGGUGAUAACACCUAUGGGUUAGGAGGUGGUGCAUAUGGUAGAAAUGUUACCUCUAGUGGAGUCCCAACAUCAUCAUAUGCCGGUACUAAUGGUGGAUAUGAAGGUCCUUUUUCAGAGUUUUAUGGUGGUGGCAGUGGUGGCUCGGUGUAUGGUGGAGAUCCAACUUGGCGGGCAGCGAAUAGUGAGCAAGAGGGAUCUGGUUCCUUUGCUGGUUAUGGGAUAGGCAGUGGCAGUGAUGGUUCCGAUGCCCAGAAUAAAAGUUCUCCUGGUUAUGUUGGUAGUUACAGUGUUGCAAAACGACACCCCAACAGAGGAAUUGCUGGCUAGUUUGGAGUUGAAAUUGCUAUAGUAGAUGAAGUGUGGUGUUUCAGCUGAAACAUUAAUUAGUUGAGAAAACUUUUAGAAAAAAAAAAAUGUUGGGAUCUUUUCCAGAGCGAAGUAGAGAUAGAAGGCAAUAUAAGUGAGUUUUUUUUUGCUGUUUUUUUAUGGAUUGAAUUUGAGUUACAUUUUUGUUCUUUUUGAGUGAGAUGUAAAAUCAGUUUGCGGCUUAUAGUCAACAUAUGUAGCGGCUUGCAUCUCUGGUGAGACGGGCAAAUGCAUAAAAAGGAUAGAGGAUGAUGAUUUUCAUUGUAAGGUUUAGUUUUUCAUGAGUUGUUUCCUUUUAGAAAGAAAAAAAAAAAACUAGUAGCAAAUCGUUUCCGUCUUCAUAUUCAGUUUUCGUUUUAGCAUUCUAUUGGGGAUUUGUUACUUUUGUUAGCUUUAAAUAGUGUGGAACAUUUUAGGGAUACCCCUCUUAGGGUUAUUAUAAUAAGUUACUUGAAGUCUUGAACUA